AUGCCUCCAACGCUGAGCGAUCAGAAUACCACCCUUUCGGAAUAUGCCUGCGACUCAUGCAGAUCGAGCAAGGUCACUUGCUCCCGCGAACAAAAUGGAUGCAAACGCUGCACGAAAUCCGGAAUUUCGUGUAUUUACUCGCGAUCGGGCGUCAUUCGUCGUGCCAAAAAGCGAAAGCACGAGACACAACAGGCUAGAGACGCGACUUCUCAGCGCUUAACUCAGACCGAUGAUGGCUCGACUCCCAAGAUUAUUCGAAGCGACAGUAGUCUACAGUCAUAUCUUGCGUCUGAUAUUGAAAUGACCCAGGAAUGCUUGGGUGGCUCUAAGACCGCAGAUCAAAGAGGGCCAUCUGACGCACUGCUGAUUUUGACCGAAGCCUGUACAGCCACACCUGUUGACCGCGAGCCAACUUUGCCGGAGAGUGUUUUUGAUAAUGCCUUCCGAGAUAAAGAACCCUUGCUCAGCCCGGCGCCUCCUGAGGUGGUACGAUCUCUCAAAGCAGGUCGCCAAGACCAGAUACAAGAGAAGGCCUGGUUAGUGAUGUACUACUGCAUUAUAUUAAAAGCAGUCGACGAUCCUCAUCUCAAAGACCAGCUGCGACAGGACCUCUGGGCCUCACUCGAAAACAUCAGCGUCCUGCUCAAACCUAGCGAUGCGAAUAUUCAGGCUAUUCUCAUGGUUAUUGGUCUUGUACCGAACUUGGUCGACCCAUCCUUAUGCUGGAUGCUAUCUACAAGCGCUUGCAGAAUGUUGCAAGCUCUGGGGGUUACCCACAAAAGGAUUGACACUCAGACUCGGGAACAGCGGCAGUUGAGGUUCUGGCAGCUCAACCUCGUGGAUAAGGCGCUCGCUGUCAUAUUUGGUCGAUCUCCGACCUUCCACCAGGGGAUGGUCAAUGAGAUCAACCUCCCAACAUUGGAGCAGAUCCGACCAUCUACACAGCAACAAACAUCAGACGGUAGCAAAGGAUAUUUUGCAUCGCACCUCAUAUACCAGAAAUUUCUGCUCUCGAAAGUUAUGGCAGAUAUCUGGCAGUGCCUCUAUGGUGUAAUAGAGGAUCAGAAUAUCGCGAUAGAGAUGGCAAUUGUUAGCCUUGAAUAUUGGUAUAAGCAGGCACACAAGAUUCUUGAAGCUGCUGCGAUGUCCGAGAAACCAUUUUGCGACGCCCAGAAUGCCAAGUCAAUCGACAUUGGUCUUCGCAGCCAAGAGUUCCUCUACCUUUACCUGAAAAUUAUUCUGUCUCGAAAGUCCCUACCUCGUUACUCCGAGUGCAUUACUGGCUCCAAGGAAUUACUCCACCUGCUUCUUCACCUAUCUCCGGAGUCAGACGAACCAUAUCACCCUUUUCUCUGGCAGUUUCUAUACUCCCCAUUCACUGCAUUUUUAUUAUUAUUUCGUGAAAUCUUACUCAACCCCGAUCCGGGAUCCGAAGGAAAUAAAGAGGCUCUGGCUGCUAUGGAGAAUCUUCCGGAGUUUCUGGAGAAAAUGACUUCACGAAAUCCCCUUGCUACGAGGUUAAGGGAGGCCUCCAGAGUGCUCAUUGACCACGCGAAGUCUUUUUUGAAUUCUGGACCAUCCGCGGCUGGAUCCGAGGGCCCAAUGGCAAAGUCAAAACGCAUAUCGAGGGACACAACGAAUUUGCUUGACUUAGAUCUAUCACGCAAUCAGUCUGCCAUUGCAGAUGCAGCAAGAAAUACCUUCUGUGACUUCAAUGCCGAUGAUGUGUUCGAAUCCCUCAAUCAAGAUCUCGAGGGCAAUGAAUUAUUUGACUGGCUGAGUUGGCUAGGCGAGACAUGA